UUUGCUUAUCUUCUGGCGCAUAAAGCAGCAGAGAAGCAAUGGCUAUGGCGUUGGGUUCUUCUAGAGCUAUCAAUGGAGGAUUUCCUUCAUUUCAUUCUAAUUCUCCUUCUUCUCCAACUUCUGCAUCCACUUGGAUUUCAGCUUGCUACGGUUCCACUCCGGCGACCGUUUCCAGCCAGCGACGAAGGAUCUUCAUCUUCGGUUCGAGUUUCGCAGCUGCGGUGAAUUUUCUGGGUAUAUUCCGUGGUUCUAUUGGGAUUCGUUUCCCGGUAGAUUCCGCGAUCGCUUUGGAGCAAUUAAAGAAGCAGUCGAAGAAGGGAGAGGAUGAGCUCGAGGACGAAGAAGAAAGAACCGUUUGCCUCUUCCAGGGGAAUUUCAGAAGCUCUUUGCUAUGGCGAACCCAUUUUGUGCAGGAAACUUCGCCAUCUGUUGUUUACAUCAAAGACAUUGAGCUGCCCAAAAAUCUAAAGAGCUCCUCUGGUGAAGCCUCGGACUUAGAAGAUGGAAAUGCUAAGGUUGAAGGGACAGGUUCGGGCUUCGUCUGGGAUAAGUUUGGUCACAUUGUGACUAAUUAUCACGUCAUUGCCAAACUAGCGACGGAUCAGAGUGGACUUCAGUGUUGUAAGGUGUCGCUAGUUGAUGCCAAAGGCAAUAGCUUUAGCAGGGAAGGUAAAAUUGUGGGUCUAGAUCCAGAUAAUGAUCUGGCUGUGUUGAAGGUCGAAACUGAGGGCUAUGAACUGAAACCUGUUGUUCUCGGUACUUCCCACGACCUACGCGUUGGCCAGAGUUGCUUCGCAAUUGGAAACCCGUAUGGAUAUGAAAACACUUUGACAACUGGGGUAGUCAGCGGGUUGGGAAGAGAGAUACCUUCGCCGAAUGGGAAGAGUAUACGGGAAGCCAUCCAGACAGAUACUGACAUUAACUCAGGGAAUUCCGGGGGUCCAUUGCUCGAUUCUCAUGGCCGUGUCAUUGGCGUGAACACCGCCACAUUUACCCGCAAAGGGACGGGGAUGUCUUCGGGGGUGAACUUCGCCAUACCCAUUGACACAGUCGUCCGUACAGUACCUUACCUGAUUGUGUACGGAACUCCUUACAGAGAUAGAUUCUGAACGACCUCUCUUUUUUGGGAUAAAUUGCGCGAUUGUUGAUAAUUGAUAUGAUGUAAAACCCACAAGACAUAACUGUUACACAUGAAACCAUUUGUUGAAUUUUUCAUGUGUUUAUAUAUACAGAUUUACAUCU